UCAAAAAACCCCCAGGUCUCAGUUCUAUUACAAGGGUCUCCCUCCUCCCCACCCCAGACCCUGCUUAGGGUGCCUAAUUCUCCAGUGGAAAAAGCCCCCGCCAGGAUUCCCUUCCUAGGCCCAGAGGCUUGACACUUUCCGAAAACCUAUGAGCACCGCGGACAGAGGUCCCCACCACCGUCUCAGGCUCACCGUGCGGAUCUGCCUCCGCAAAAGAAAGGGAGUUUGUGCACCAAUCUUUGACCUGACCUCCCGUCUUCGCCUCAGUGGGGAGCAAGUCCACAUCCUGGGCUGUGAAGUGAGCGAGGAAGAGUUUCGUGAAGGUUUCGACUCGGAUAUCAAUAACUGUCUGGUUUACCAUGACCUCUUCAGAGACCCUCUCAACUGGUCAAAAACUGGGGAGGCCCUUCCUGGGGGACCACUGGGAGCCUUGACAGCCAUGUGCAGGAGGACAGAUCCUGGUCCUGUCACCAUUGCUCUUGAUUCACUCAGUUGGCUUUUGCUUCACCUUCCCUGUACCACACUCUGCCAGAACCUGCGUGCCCUGAGCCAUCAGAACUCCUGCCCUGGUGACAGCUGCUCAGUGCGGCAGGUACGUGUGCUGGGCUUGCUACAUGAAGAGCUUCAUGGCCCAGGCCCCCUGGGAGCAUUGAGCAGCCUUGCUCAGACUGAGGUAACCCUUGGAGGUACAGUGGGCCAGGCUUCAGCCCACAUCCUCUGUCGGUGGCCUCAACAGCACCCAACUCACCAGACUAAUUGGUUCUCCAUCCUUCCAGACUUCAGCCUGGAUCUCCAAGAGGGACCCCCAGUAGAAUCUCAGCCCCACCCAGAUCCUCAUACAUCCGCGGUGGACCCCAUGACUCACUUGACCUUUAACCUUCGCCUGUCCAAGAAAGAGAGAGAAGCCAAAGAUAGCCUGACUCUGCCCUUCCAGUUCAGCUCUGAAAAACAGCAGGCUCUAUUGCACCCUGGGCCAGGCCAGGCUACCAGCCACAUCUUCUAUGAGCCAGAUGUCUACGACGACCUAGACCAAGAAGACCCAGAUGAUGACCUAGAUAUUUGACUAGCUAGAUUUAAGUAAACUCUAAUUGGUGGGAGAGGAGGAAGCCCUUGAGCCUAGAACUGUUCUUCAUAUUGUUUGUGUUGCCCUUUCUCUGUUCUUGCCCUACCUUUGUUCCUUGUGUUUAUGGAGGCUCUGCCCCCUAACCCAGGAAGGAGCUUGAGCCUGUACAAAGUAAUAAGAGAGCAUAGGGUAAGGUGGGAGUAGAACAUCCUCUCAUGCCUAAUAAAAUCUUUUUUAUAACAAAAGGAGCUCUUUGGUGGCUAU